AUGGCUGACGUGGUUAUGGGAGACUCGCGAACGGAAAAGCUGCUGCUCGAUGCGAAAGCUUGGCCCCUGGAGUCCUUGCAGCUUUUUCGCAAGCUGCUUCAGAACGUGCUUGACAAUCCGCACGAUGCCAAGUUCCGCAAACUGAAACGAAGCAACGCCCGUAUCGGCAGUCUUGUGGCUGAGACCGGGGCGCGGGAGGCCUUCGAGGCUCUCGGCUGGAUGUGUAUUGGAGAUGCCUUGGAGCUACCUGCGACUGCCAGCCUGGACUUGACGCGACAGGUUCUACAAGGAACGGAGCAGCCACCACCAGGAGAGCCCGUUGCUCUGACUGUCCUCCGCGGCGCUCUGAAAUCGAAGCUUGAGCUUCCAUGUAACACCCUGUUCAGUGGCCUGGCUGCUGCGAUUGAACAGAGUGAGCCACUAGGCCGUAUUCCCAGAAAGAGGCAGCGGCUGUUGAUUGGAGUUCCGCCGAAGCCUCUACAAGAGAGCUUCCCACACUUUGCAUCCAUGACCAUAGCGGAGCUGGGAUUGAAGGCUUUCAAACUGGAAGAUACCUGGGAAGAGAUGGUUGCUGAUCUGCGAGCUGUUCGUGCCAGCUUUGCAUCGCUGGCUUCCGUUCUGGCCUGCAAGAAGACUCUUCAGGACAAUUUCGAGUUCCUGCUAGACUCGGCAAAAGCAUUGCUCAAAGCGCGCGCAAUGGGUAUGGAUGCUUCCGAACUACGCGACGCACGUGGAGUGUUUAGAGUGCUGUGGCCAGCCGGUGAUCCAAGCACCAAAGAGGCGAGGCUGGCACAUUGUGCUGCCUGCACACCCCUGGCAGCUCUCGCAAAAGCAGAGGAUGGCUCAGCUAUCCAGUUUCCUCUCCGUGUCGAACGCACGAACCUCUUCCAGAGUGCACUGGAACAAAUUGGCCAAGCUUCUGCAGAUGAGCUGCGAAAGCCGCUGCAGGUGACCUUUGUGGGCGAAGCUGCAGAGGAUGCUGGUGGCCCGCGGCGAGAGUUUUUUAACGACUUCGGUCGUGCUUGCGGGGACUGGGAGAAGGUGUGGCAGAAGACCGCUGCUGGUUCCAUUGUUCCUGCUCCUGGCGCACCGGCUGAUGUGUUCCGCGCCUGUGGUCGAAUCUUUGGCCUUGCUCUUUGCCAAGCAGAGAAUGCUGCACAAGAGCAGCGAGUUCGAGAGAACGCCACGCUACAGGAACUCUUAGCAGCGGUUACACAAGACGAUGAGAACCAAGAGCAGCAGCUUCAAAAGCUCCUUGUUGGAGCGGCUCUUGCCCGACCCUUCCUGCGGUGUGUCCAGGCUGACAUCCCGGAGUCUGUAGAAGAGCUACAGGCUGAACUCAAUGCAGAGCAGAGCGAAAGCGCUCCGGAUUUCAGGGGCUCCUCCACGUUCCUGACCUCGCAGUUGAAGGAGAUGGGAUUGGAAGGGCAACUGACCUUCAGCAGGGAGUUCAACGGAAGCAUCGUUGAUCUCACAGUCGGGGGGCGGAACAUCGUCGUGACCGAUGCUACAAAGCUGGAUUGGCUGAGAGCUGUGCUGCGCCAUGAACUUGUCGAGGUGGUUCAAGACGCGGCGGCUUCCUUCCGACAGGGGGUCUGUGAAGCUGCAGGCGCAGCAUACUUGGCGCUGCUAUCCGCGGACGAACUCCAGAAGGAGUGGUCAGGGCUCUCCUACGUCACUGACGAUGCGCUCAAAAUUUGGCAGGAGCGAGCGACUGUGAAUCCAGCGCGCAAGCAGCAGGCAGCAUGGUUUUUCGAGAUCUUGUGGGAUGAGCGCACGCGAGAUGCCCGUCCCAGCGUGCUGAAGUUUACCACAGGUAGUGAUCGGUGGCCUGCGGAUACAAAGACCUUCACGUUCUAUGUCGAGCCCAUGGACGGUGGCGACGACCUUCUGCCGCGGGCAAUGACUUGUGGGAAUAUGCUGCAGCUUCCUAGCUACACCUCGAAGGAGCAAAUGCAGAGCCAGCUCCUGAAGGCAUGUGAGAUGGGACUUUCCAUGCAGCUUGUGUAG